AUGGUCUAUGGUGGGCUCUGCAGCAGUGAGCAGUGGAAUGAUCUGCUCUUCGGCUCUGCCGUCAGAGCCAGCAUGAGCAGCGCUGAAGGGGAGACAGCGCAGGCAUGGGAAUGUGUUCUGGAGUUUACUGAGGAUUUGUUGAUGAAGACUUUACUUGUUUUAGCAGCAAUUAUUCUUGCAGCUUCUGCUGCAAAUUUUCUUGAUGAAGAAUGGAACAUCUGGAAAUUGAACUAUGAAAAGAAAUACAUUAACAGUAAGGAAGAAGGUAUUCGAAGAAGAAUUUGGGAGGAAACCUGGGAGAAAGUACAAAAGCACAAUAGCUUGGUUGAGAACGGAUUGAAGAAUUAUACCUUGGCUAUGAAUAUGUUUGCUGACAUGACUGUUCGAGAACUGAUACAAAAAACACCAUGUAAUUCAAAGAAUCAGCCAAAACCAGAUACAAAACCAGCAUCUACUUCAAAUUAUACUUGGAAUCAAAAGGAAAACAAAGGAGAUGUGGUGGACUGGAGAGCAUCAGGAUGUGUCACCCCUGUAAAAAAUGCAGGACUCUUUUGCCGAGCAUGGUGGGCUUUUGGCAUGAAAUUUGAAUGUAAAUACAAACCCAAGAAAUCGGUAAAAGUAAAGGUCUCUAAAUUCUACACCCUCACAGAAGAAGAAAGUAUUACUAAUGCAGUGGCAGAGGAUGGGCCAGUUUCAGUGACUUUGGAUGUAACUCAAGAAUUUUUCUUGUAUAAUGGAGGAGUCUAUGAUGGGACGUGUUACCCAGGUGUCCAGAUGGGGAUGACAAUUGUGGGUUUGGGGUCCUCUUCUGGAACUGAUUAUUGGUUGCUGAAAAACAGCUGGGGAAAGGCAUGGGGUGAAGAAGGCUAUGUAAGAGUGAAACGCAACGUCAAUCAGUGCGGGAUUGCUGACAAUGCAGUGACUGGAGAUGUUGCAGCUUCAACAUAA